CCAUUUUCAGGUUCACCAGGAGUGGGGUUCAUGCCGCAUAUCCUUGAUGCUAAAGCUGGAGAGGAUGUGUUGGGAAAAUUGAUGUGGUUUUCUCAAAACAGCACUCGAGCUGUGUGCAUUCUAUCAACUAAUGGCGCCAUAUCUAAUGUUACACUUCAGCAGUCUGCAACAUCUGGUGGAACUGUCACAUACGAGGGACGAUUUGAGAUCUUAUCUCUUUGUGGUUCAUUUAUGGUUUGUGAGAGUGAUGGGCAAAGAAGCAGGACUGGUGGUUUAAGCGUGUCACUUUCAGGGCCAGAUGGUCGUGUUUUAGGUGGUAAUGUGGCUGGCCUUUUCACUGCUGCAUCACCCGUUCAGAUGAUUGUUGGUAGCUUUGUUCCUGCAAGUCAGAAACAAAGAAAAACAGAGGCGAAAAUAGUCAACACUACUCCCGUCAAUGUGGGGACCACAAGCGGAUCUUCAGGUGGAGGGAUCGGGAGCCCGCUAGUCCAUAGUAACAACAGUAAUCCACAAGGUAUGGCUAAUAUGCCUUGGAGGUAACUAAAUGUCUA